AUGGAUAAAAAAAGUUCGUCGAAGACCUUGAAAGAUAUUUUACGACCCUAUCAUGUAUUAACAACGAUAUUUGGAUUACGCGUAUUAAAAUUACCAUCUGGCAAAACUUGGAAAUAUGUAUCAUCUAAGAACCGACUAUUAAAUUUAAGUAACACCGAAUAUAAUCUUAUGUGUACUUUAAGCGUUAUUAUAGUAAUCAUUGCUAUGGUCGUAGGUUUGUGUAAAAAUCAGCAAUGGGAAAGUUCUAUGAGAAGUCUCGAAGAAAUUGAUAAAACUUUGCAAUUACUCGGUUCUAAUUCACGAUUUCAUAAGAUUUAUAUUAGAACAAUGAUCGAAUUCAUAUUCUUUAUGACAUAUUUCUUCAUUUUAAUGUGUUUGGAUGUAUAUAUCACGAAUGAAAGUUUGGAUAAUAGUAAUAUAGACAAAUUACCAACCCUUUUCUUCGUCGGUUUUAACAUAUACGGUGAAACAGUUGCGAAUACUGUAGUUUUGGAAUUCUUGACAAUAGUAAGGUGUAUUAAAUCGGAACUCGAACGUGCGAAUGAUCUUUUAAGCGAUAUUAAUAUUUUACCGUGUUCGUCAAUAGCAUUGGAAUUAAUUAAAUACAAGGGUAAGGAAAAUUCGUUGAAAAAUUUGAUCAACGUUUUGCCAUCGUCUCGAAGAAAAAAUUCUCGUACGGAUGUUAACGAACAAAUUCUAAUUCGUAGCAGACAAUUGUUGCAAACGAUUAGACAAAUUCAUUUGGAAUUAUACAAAGUGUCGAAAAAUACGAGCAAUUUGUACAACAUUCAAACGUCCAUAGUAAUCAAAUUUGCAUCGAUACCGCAUUUCGUCAUCAGUACUAUAUUUAAAUUGAUCUUCCUUAAUUAUACUUGCGACGAGACGACACAAAAGAUGGAACAAGUCAACGAAAUUAUUUAUACGUUUUAUGGCGAAAGUACGGAUAAUAUGAUACAACAAGAGAUUCGUGUUUUUAUGUUUCAAUUAAUACGAAAUCGUUUGACGUUUACUGCCUGCGGAUUUUUCGAUUUGGAUCAUACAUUUUUAUACAGCGUAAUCGGUUCCAUUACAACAUAUCUCGUUAUUCUUAUUCAAGUUGGCGAUUAA